AUGAUAGAUGUGCUAUUUGAUCAGCUAAGAACAUCCAGUGUAGCGAAAGCCUGGACCGGGACCUUCGAUGACCUCAUUGACAACGUUAUUGCUAAAACUCUGGAGAAACACACACCAAUGGACUCCCCUGGCUUGGCUUCGUACCCAGACUUCUUUGCUGCCGGGCUGAUUAUGCUGCUCGCUGGGGUUCUUGCGUACGGUGUGAAGGAGUCAGCGGUCCUAAACACUGUUUUUACUGCAGUGAAUAUAACUGUGCUGGUUUUUAUCAUAAUUUCUGGUUUUAUAAAAGGAGACCUCAACAACUGGCGAAUCAGUCAGGAGACUAUCCUGAAUGCAACUCGACAGAUGGAGAACCUUUCAUUGACGCAGAAUGAAACUGACGUGGCUGACUUUGGUGUUGGGGGCUUCUUUCCCUUCGGCUUUGAUGGCACAUUAGCAGGAGCAGCGACCUGUUUCUACGCUUUUGUUGGAUUUGACUGCAUCGCCACAACAGGGGAGGAGGUGCAGAACCCAGAGAAAGCCAUACCUCUUGGGAUCGUGGCGUCCCUGCUCAUCUGCUUCCUGGCCUACUUUGGGGUGUCGGCUGCUCUGACGCUUUUGAUGCCUUACUAUCUGAUUGACAGCCACAGCCCUCUACCUGUGGCCUUUGAGUAUGUUGGCUGGGAGCCUGCGAAGUACGCUGUGGCUGUGGGAUCCCUCUGUGCACUCACAACGAGUCUGCUGGGAGUCAUGUUUCCAAUGCCUCGAGUGCUCUUCGCCAUGGCGAGGGAUGGCCUGCUCUUCAAGCCUCUUAGUUACAUGAGCUCCAGACAGAGUCCGGUCUUAGCCACGCUGUCUUCAGGAGCUGCGGCCGCUUUCAUGGUCCUGUUAUUUGACUUAAAGGCACUGGUGGACAUGAGUGCAAUCGGGACCAUCUUUGCAUACAGUCUGGUUGCAGUGUGUAUUCUUGUACUGAGGUACAAAGAAGACACCGGUUUCAUUCACCGGUCGGAACCGUUUACUCUAAUAGGACUGUUGAGGCCUCCGCCUCGACCCACCCGCCGCACCUCCAAAAACGUCAAUGUAGUCACCGUUGUCAUUUUGUUCCUGGUGACUGGUUUAUGCGUGCUGAUGUCCGAGGCAGUGUUCUCCCUCCGCAGACGAGAGUCGUGGAGCGUGCUGCUCGUCUCUGUCCUCAUGCUGGCGCUGGUCUUCGCUGUCGCGAUCAUCUGGAGGCAACCGCAGAGCGCAACCAGAGCUGCUUUCAUGGUUCCCUGUCUGCCUGUAAUUCCAGUUUUAAGUGUCUUCAUCAACACCUACCUGAUGGUUCAGCUGGGAGGAGAAACUUGGAUCAGCUAUGCGGUCUGGAUGGCAGUAGGCCUGAUCAUCUACUUUAGUUACGGCGUUCGUCACAGUGUCCAGAAACAGAGGCUGCGGGAGGCUCGCACUCAGAUCAAUAUUGUUCAUGUGAUGAACAGCGAUGUUGCUGCUUGAUGUCUGACGUCUCCUCAAGUGCAUGUUUUUAUACUAACAGUUGCUUUGUUAAAAGUAAGCUAAUAUGUUCUGUACCUGA